AUGGCGCCGAACCCGCAGGCCCUCGAGGACGGGCUCGUGGCCGCCGUCCGCGAGCUCUUCAGCGGGCCCGACCGCGAGCAGCUGUCGGUCAACACGGUGCGGCGGCGCGUCGAGGACAGGUUCGGGCUGGAGGAGGGCUUCUUCGCCGGCGCGGAGUGGAAGGCCAAGAGCAAGUCGGUCAUCAAGGAUGCGGUGAUGCUCGCGUCCGAACAGGCUGAUGCGCCGCCCAAGUCCUCUCAACCGGCCGCGCCGGCCGCCGCCGCCCCUGCUAAGAACAAUGGCGUGAAGCGCGCUGCGGCCUCAGAGAAGGAGGAGCAGGAGCAGGAGCAGGAGAAACCGCCCGUCAAGAAGAGACGCAAGUCCGAGUCGCCGGCCGAGUCUGAGUUGAGCGAGCUCAGCGAGGAGGAAGAGGAGGAUGCUCCCAGGAAGAAGAAGAAGAACCUGGUGCAGCGCAACCGCAGGAGCAAGGCCGCCGACUCGGACGACGAGGCUCCUCCUAAGCGCAAGAGCGCGCCCAAGAAGGCAGUCGCCAAAGAUAGUGACGGGGACGACGAGCCGGAGGACUCUAUCACAGUUGAAAAGCCAAAGCCCAAGCCUAAGCCCAAGCCGAAACCGAAAGCAAAGCCUGCGCCUGCGAAAAAGAAGAAGAAGGUUGACUCCGAUGAAGAGUCAUCGUUGAGUGAUCUCCAAGACAGUGAGGAGGAUGAAGCAGAGGCGACGGCAGCAGACAGUGAGAGUGAAAUGUCCGAGGUGAUUGAUGAAGAGCCGCCGAAGCGCAAGCGAAAGUCGAAAGAGCCGGCAACCAAACGUGCGCCCAAGGCGAAGGCUGCUGCGACCAAGUCAUCUGCGGAUGUAUCACCGGAUGAAGCUGAAGUCAAGAAGCUUCAAGGCCAGCUAGUUAAGUGCGGCGUCAGGAAAAUCUGGGGCAUUGAACUCAAGCAGUAUGGAGACGAUGUCAAGGCCAAGAUCCGCCAUCUCAAAGACAUGCUGAAAGACAUCGGCAUGGACGGCCGUUUCUCCGAUGCAAGAGCUCGAGAGAUCAAAGAGCGUAGGGAGCUCGAGGCUGAUCUCGAGGCCGUGAAGGAGAUGGACCGGAACUGGGGUGCUGGGAGCGGGAGAGCAUCUCGUAGUCGAGCCCCGAAAUCGUUCAAGGAACUUAGUGAUGACGAGGAUGAGGUGGAGGGCAAAGAGGCCGAGAACGGCCACAAAGACAGCGACGAGGAUGAGAGUGAUGCCGAUGCACAGCCGUUUGCUCGGUCGAAGGGCAGGGCGAGAGCAGAUUUAGCGUUUUUGGGCGACGACGACGAAAGCGACUCUGACUAG